AUGACGGUUCCUGAAGGGAUUCCUCUGCUUCUGCUUGUUCUUCUUAUGGUCUCAUGCACCGGCUCAAAGGAAAAGCUAAUAAUUGUGCCUGAAAAAGCAGAAGAAAUUAAUGAAGGAUCAUGUGUGACCAUCCCCUGUGCUUACAAAAAAGAAAAUGACGAAACAUCUACACUGUUGUGGUUUAAAGAUCCAAAAUAUGAUGACAAGUCAAAAAUGUAUAUCGGGACUAUUGUAUACAGUAACACAGAGGAACGUCCCCAGUCAUCAAAUUACUCCAGCAGAGCUGAAUACAUCACCAAUGAAACAUCACUGAAGCAGCAAACACAGCAGAAUAACAACUGGAUAAAAUGUGAUUUAAGAAUCACCGAUCUUCAAAAGACAGACAGUGGGAAAUACAUGUUUAGAUUUAUUUAUUCCAAGAGUAAGUUCAUGAGUGAUGCUCUGACUCUCACGGUUACAGACAAUCCUUGUAAGGUGCACAUUGAACCAUCAGAGCAGAAAAAUCCACUCCAAGAGUCAGAAGAAUUGACUGUUCGCUGUUCCACAUCUGGUUCCUGUGAUUCUUAUCCUGAAUGGCUCAUCCACACAUCAGGACAAAAGCAAGAGUGGAUUUCCUCCUUGUCAACUGAUAUGAUCAGACUGACUGAAGAGGAAGGAGGAGACAGAAAGGUCACCAAAUUAAAGCUCAAUGUGACAUGGAAAGAUGACAACCGCACUCUGUCUUGUCGUCCAGCGAAGAGUGAGGACAGCUGCCAGAUCAGAAAUAUCACACUGUCUGUGGAAUAUGCUCCUAAAGACACAAAGGCAACCGUGAGCUCUGAAGAUGUAAAGGAGGGAGAUUCAGUCACUCUCUCCUGCAGCAGCGCAGGACGCCCUGAUGUCAGCUUCACAUGGUUCAGAAACGAGAAAACAGAAAAAACUCAACAAAUGUCUGUCUGGAAACUAAUUAAUGUGAAACAGGAAGACAGUGGAGAAUAUUACUGUGAAGCUAAAAACAUGCUUGGAGAAAAGAAAUCAAAUAUCAUUCAAAUUGAUGUGAAGUACGGUCCACAAGGCGUCACAGUUCAUCCUCUGGUCAGUGUUAAAGAUCUCAAAGAGGGAGACCAACUAAAACUCAAGUGUUCAGUCCAGAAAAGUAACCCAACAGUCGAUCAGUUUACAUGGUACAAAAAUUCCCAAGCCCUGUAUAAAACCGGCGAGACACUCAUCAUCAGUGAAGUUACUGCAGAGGACAGAGGAUCUUACUAUUGCCAGGCUGAUAAUGGGAUAAAAACUGUAAGAUCAGGUGACCUCUGGGUUUCUGUAAUGUAUUCACCAAGAAACAUCAAAAUCGAGGGCUCUGCCUCUGUAAAAGUGGGCACUCCACUGACUUUGACGUGCUCAGCUGAUGCUAACCCUUCGUCACACAUGUACACAUGGAAGCACAAACCUGGACUGUCUUCUUUCCCGUUAUCAAUAAAAACUGGACAGUUAAACAUUGAGAAAGUGACCAUUCAACAUGCAGGGCAGUACACAUGUGAUGUUACCAACACCAUUGGCACAAGAUCACGCACCAUUACAGUUGGUGUGCUUUAUCCUCCAUCUAAUCUCAGUUUGAUGAUGAAGGAGGAAGUGAGAGAAUUUGAAGUGAUCUCCGUUAUCUGCUCGGUUCAAAGCUUUCCUGACUCACAGCUCACAGUGACAGGACCUCGGGGUGAUCUGAGAUCUGUGAAGAAUCGAGUGAACAUCACUGCAUCUGCAAACAUGUUGACUCUCUACUUCAAUGUCUCUGAGUCAGAUGCAGGGAUGUACACAUGCAAAGCAGGAAAUUCAGAAGGAAAUUCAGAAAUUAAACGAGAGCUAAUUGUGUUCCGUAAGUAA